CAAGUGUCAAGUGCCAUUUGGGCGAACUCGAAUUAAAUUUUAAUUGGCGAUGUUAAAUGUAUUUAAUUAAGGAAUUGUUGGAGAAAUUACAUUAGCUUUUUUAAUUGCUUGUUUCAUCUACUAUUUUUUAUCUAAAAUGAUAGUGGUUUUAUGUGAUACAAUUGAAUAAAAAUCUGCAUAACAAAAGACACGUAUAGAUGCAAUUCUGGUUUAUUAAAAUGAAUACAAAAUUGUUUCUUUUGAUUUUUUGUUUAGCAAUAAAUGGAGCGGUAUCUUCGAAAGUAUUAGAAUUAAGUGAUAAAUUUAUUGAUAUAAGCAAAGAUGGAAUGUGGUUUGUAAAAUUUUAUGCACCAUGGUGUGCAUAUUGCAGUAGGCUGGAGCCAGUUUGGGCACAUGUAGCCCAGGGCUUGUACAAUUCUCCAAUAAAAGUGGCCAAAGUAGAUUGUACACGUUUUCCUGCUGUUGCUAGUCACUUUCAAGUCCGUGCCUAUCCUACAAUCAUGUUCAUAAAGGGUUCAUUCAUGCAUACAUAUAAUGGUGAAAGAAUAAAAGAAGAUAUGGUAAAUUAUGCUUUGAGAAUGGCACAACCUCCAGUACAGAAGGUUUCUUAUGUAGAUAGCAUUGGCAACUUAAAAGAUAUGCAUGAGAUAUUCUUUGGCUACAUAGGCGAACACCAAGGUACUUUGUGGGAGAUUUUUAAAGUCCAAGCAGUAAAAUAUCAGCCUCAUAAUUGGUUUUAUUCUAUGUCAUAUGAGGUGGUGAAAAAAGACCUAAAGCCACCUAAUGAUACGAGUGUAUUUGUUUAUAAAGAGGAUGACUUUUAUUAUUUUGAAACGUCACCACAGCUGAUUGAAGACAAGGAAGCCUUAAAUGCCUCAUUAGAUAAAUGGGUUCACUCUGAGAGAUUUGGUUUCUUCCCUAAAAUAACAAGAUCUAAUUUCAAUGAAUUGUUGGAUAUCGAAAAAUUCCUUGUUAUAACGGUUGUUUCUGAAAAUAAACUAAAUGAAAUAACACAAACUGAAAAAGAUUUUAAGGACAUGGUAGAAGGAAUUAUUAGAAAAAGGAAGCAUGAACUUCAUCACAAAUUCCAAUUUGGAUGGAUGGGAAACCCUGAACUAGCAAAUUCAAUUGUAAUGUAUGAUUUGACAGUACCACACAUAAUUGUAUUAAACUCUACAACCCAUCAUCACCAUUUACCUGAUGAUGAUCCAGUUUUAAUGACGCCAGAAGCUGUGUCAAUGUUUCUUGAUGAAAUACAUAAUCAAGUUGCACCUAAGUAUGGAGGAAAGAGUUUUCUAGUGCGUCUAUAUAGAGGAUUUUAUGAAGCUAGAGCGACUGUGUCAAGCAUGUGGAGGGGAAACCCAAUACUGACUGCUCUUGUGUUUGGACUACCUCUUGGAUUCCUGUCAUUGCUCUGCUAUUCUAUAUGUUGUGCUGAUAUACUGGAUGCUGAUGAAGAAGAAAGUCCAGAAUCACAUGAGAAGAAGGACUAGAGUAUGAACUAAUUAAAAAGUCAUUAAAUUAUUAUAAAGCUAGUGAAAUGGAAUACCAAUGUAAAACAUGAUUUAUAAAUUUUUGUUUUGUGUCAUCAUUCUUAAAAUAAUAAUAAUAAUAA